AGUCAUUAACAGUAAUAUAUUUUCUUUAUAAAACUGAAUUGAAUCAGCCUGUCAUUUGUUUUUUUUAUUUUUUAUUUUAAUCUUCAGUGGAAUAUGCUUUAAAGGGACGGUUCAUCCAGAAUUAGGUCAUUGCUCUUUUAGCUUUAAACCUGUGUGUCUUUAUUUUUUUUCUUGAAGAACACAAAAUAAUAUAUAAAACGACAUUGGACCCCAUUGAUUUCCACUGUUGGGGCAUAAUGUCCAAAUGUCUUUUGUGAUUCACAGAAACUCAUACAGGUUUGAAAGACAUGAAGUGGUCAUGUUGAGUGUUUGUGCUCUGCUGCUGCUGGCGGCUCCUGUGGCUCUCGGCUCUGACUCGGACGCACAGAGACCCCAACAUGACUCCAACCUGGAGAUCUAUAAGCGUCUGUUCGAGAGCAAGAGGAAGGAUCAGCUGAACGCACUGAAGAACCUGGUGGAGCUCAACGAUGUCAACCAGCAGUACAAGAUCAUCGACAUCAUGCUGAAGGGCCUCUUCAAGGUGCUGGAGGACUCCAGAUCUGUUCUCAUAGCCGCUAACAUGCAGCCGGACGAUCCGUUCCCACUCGACGACAAAAUCAAAGAAGCGUACUCUCACGUGGUGGAGAACACGGCGUUCUUCGGAGACGUGGCUCUGCGUUUCCCUCGUAUCGUCCAUCACUACUACGAUCGUAACGCGGACUGGAGUCGUCUGUUGCGCUGGGGUCUGCACUUCUGCAACCAGACGGGCGUCUUCAGCGGAGGAGCCCAUCAACACGUGCUCACGCUGAUGUCACAGGAGCUGGGGAUCACAGAGAGAUCUGCAGACUUCGUCAAUCCGUAUCGCACCGAACGAGACGACGUGCUGCACACGGCCGAGGCCUUCCAGAAGAUCCUCCGCGAGGAAGAGAAGAGGAGGAGGAAGGAGGAGAAGAGGAAAGACAUCCGGAAAGGGCCGAGGAUCUCUCGCUCUCGCACAGAGUUAUAGCUCUGACUGGAGAUCAGCCAUUUACACUCAAUCAGGGAGCCCUGCUGAAUCUGUCACGGGCACCGUCGAUGUUUACAGGAUCCAGAUUCACAACACUUGAAUCUGUUUCAAACUCUGAUUUAGGAGGAUCUUCAUUGGAGUCACUGCUGGUGAUGGGAGUGUGUGUUAGGGGAGGAGUCAGAGUGGUGGGAGGAGCAAGUGUGGGCGGGGUAAUUAUAGCAUUCUGUGUAGAGUGGGUGGAGUCAGAUUAAUGGGAGCGUUAGCAGUGGUGGGCGGGAUUUGGGAACGUGGGCGUGGUCAAAGUGGGUCUGUGUCUUCGAUGAAGGCAUUUUGAACACUGAUAUUUCAAUAUUUAACACUUGAUAAGUUUUGAUUAUAUACAGUAUAUACAUAUGAAAUGAAGUUGUUUAGAUUCAAUAUAAAUGCUUUAUUUGGGGGUACUUUAUAGUCUAAUAAGAGAAUUGUGGGUAAUUCAUGUAUUUCUGCUUUCUUUAGAAACUAUAAUUCAUGAAAAAAAAUUGUAUAUCGUCAGUGUGUGUGUGCGUGAAGGAUGAGCAUUGAUGAUCUGAUCUGAGAUCAGAGCUGCACAGCCGUGAGAGAUACUGUUUAUGAAUGAUAUCAGUGUGAAUGUGUUUCUGAUUCACUUUGGUUUCUCCAGCUGCUGAAGUGAGACGAUCAUCUGAAACCACUUCAGUCUGAGACACUUUCAAAGACGCUUUAUUAAUCUGUUCAUGUGACUGUUAUUGAAAUCUGUGCAGCAUCAGUGGGAGAUUAUUAUUGACAGAAUGAAUAAAGUCUAUUUAACAGA